GCUUUUUAAAGUUGAAAUCUGUUAUUGCGGGAUGCAGGGGCUUAGGAUCGGCGCCGAUGCCUGCAUUUUUUAUUUAUUUAUUAGGAACGUAGUGAAACUUUUUCGGUGUCCGGAAUGGGAAUAUAAGUUGUACCUCACCUGAGUGACAGGUGCACCCCUUCGGUGAUGGGGAGAUCCUGUGAUACCAGCGCUGUAUCUGGGUCAUAGACUGUGAUCCACAAAAACCAUAUAAGCAGGAGCUCUUUGCCGGUGUCCUGGAUGUUAACGUGAAAUGCAAUGAGGCCUAGACACCGUUUAUAUACAAACGUGUACGUGUUUGUGUAGGCCUAUAUACACAUAUACAAAUUAACGUAGUUGUAUUUUAUCGUGUAUUCUUUGUGGUGUGGGCGCAGGAAGUAUGUACGUGGGAGGGGAGAGCUAUAAAGUGAAUAAAUAGAUUCUAUUGCUCAGUAUGAUUUAUUUUAUCUUACCAUAUUUAUUUGGCUGAGUUUCCAGUCUCUUAUAAAACGUUUUUAGGGUGGUCCGGAUCUUAUUAUUUAAUGGGGAAAAGCUUAUGGUCUUGCCUUUUAAAAAUUCAUUAGUGCGCUUUCAAGGGUCAUCGAGAAAACAAACCAAAUUGAAAUCAAUAUAGGCGACGUUAGCGGAAAUAAGCAGGAUAAUAUUAAUAAAACAUGAAAGCAAAUGUAUAAAAGUAUCAAGCAGAACGGGAUGGAUGUAGAGUUCGGUGGGGCUGCUGUAGGUUCCUGCCUGGUUUCACACGGUGUAUCAACACUGAUGUGAUGACUGGGAACUAUAGGGCGGCUGAAAGCAUAUUCACGGUGUGUAAAUGGGCUUCUUCAGAUGCGAAUGGGCUUCAGGAGAGGCGGUGCGGAAGUUGGACAGCGUGCAAGAGGGAAUCGCGGUGUUUCGUACAGCAGUCGCCGCCAUCUGAGACCCCGCCUGAGGCCAGACAUCCCUGGCUCCUCGAAACCCUGCAACCCUACCAGGCUGUCAUCUCUGGCUCCCCUCCCCCCCCUCCCCAUCCCCGGGAACCAUGACGACCUCGUCGCUUCGCCGGCAGGUGAAGAACAUCGUCCACAAUUACACAGAGGCGGAAGUCAAGGUGCGUGAGGCCACCUCCAAUGACCCCUGGGGACCAUCUAACGCGCUGAUGUCAGAGAUCGCCGACCUGACCUACAGCAUGCCGGCCUUCGCGGAGGUCAUGGGGAUCAUCUGGAAGCGCCUGAGUGACCACGGGAAGAACUGGCGCCAUGUGCACAAGGCACUCAUCCUGCUGGACUUCCUUGUCAAGACCGGCUCGGAGCAAGUGGCCCAACAGUGCCGGCAGAACAUGGUGAUGAUCCAGGCGCUGCGCGAGUUCCAGUACGUCGACCGCGACGGGCGCGAUCACGGCAGCUAUGUGCGGGAGAAGGCGACUCAGGUGACGGGCCUCAUCCGGGACAGCGAGCGGCUCCAGCGGGAACGUGCCGAGGCGCUGCUCGCCAGGGGCCACGUAGCGGGGCCCGUCGUGCAUAUGGGGGCCCGGGAACUGCCCCCGCCCUAUCCAGGGCGCCACAACCGCCAGCCCAGCAUGAGUGCCGUCUACCAGGAAGAGUUUGGUCGCUCGAGGGAGUCCCCCUCUUCGGGGAACUCCUUCCAGUCCCCUAGCCGGGCGUCCUCGGACCUCGAGCAGGCGCGCCCGCAGAGCAGCGGGGAAGAGGAGCUGCAGCUUCAGGUGGCGCUGGCGCUGAGCCGGGAGGAGAGUGAGAAGCCGCAGCCGCCUGUGGACUCCAACGAGCAGGCCCAGCUGGAGAUAGCCUUGCGUCUUAGCAAGGAGAACCACAAGCCGGCUCAGCCUCCCCCGGUCGCCUUGGAUAUCGACGAGGACACGCAGCUGCAGAUAGCCCUGAGUCUGAGCGAAGCGGAGCAUCAGCAGGAGCAACGCAAUCGCCAAGGAGAUGAGUCCCUGCUUCAGAAGGCGCUCGAGGAGAGCAGAAGAGAGACUCAAGCCGGAGGAGGAGCUUGUCAUUCUACGUUUGCGGACGAGGUGGACAUUUUUGGCCCUAGUUCUGCACAUGCCCCUAGUGCUGACCUUUGGGACCAGAGGACUGGUAACUCCCAGCCGGCUAGUCAGACACAUUCAGAUCCCUGGGAUAUAUUAGAACCGUGCUCCAGUACCUCGGCAAUCCCAAAGCCUUGGGUAGCACCCCCAGCCUCCGAUGCUUCAGUGCUGUCCAUAGGGCCCAAGCUCUCUACCACAGACCCCUGGGAGCCACCGAAGAGUAGCCCCUGUGUACAGCCAGCAGGCCAGGUUGGGGCCUUCCCUAUUCAGACAGGCUUGUCAAGCGUAGAUCCUUUCUCGGCUCUGUCAGAGGAAUCCCCGGUAGCAAACUCACACCACGCGCUGUCAGCUUAUCGCCCUGGGAGCCCCACAGAUGGUGACCUGUUUGGGGAGCCUAAGGAGGAUGAGGAGCUGCACAACAAGGACGGAGGUUCCCAGGAGCCCCUCGAUCUGUCUCAGGUCGGCAAAGCGCUUCCAGAACCGGCCCCUCGGGCCGGCUGUAACCCCGAGUCCUUCCUGGGCCCUGUGGGGGCCUCCCUGGUGGACCUGGACAACCUGAUCCCAUCAGGUGCUCCGGCUAAGGUGAAGAACCCCUUCCUCACAGGACCCAAGGACCCCACUAACCCUUUCCACAGCCAGCAGGCCCGCCAGACUGCCAGCCAAAUCCGGCCCAGCUUAGCCUCCCUGCAGCCCCUCGCGGCGCCCCAUCCCCCGCACGCCGCCCCCCUCUCCCUGAGCCAGCAGCCCCACACUCUGCAUCUUCCCUACACCCAGCCCCCCGCCUUCCCGGUGACACGCGUAUUCCCCGACAUGCCGGACGAUCAGCCUCGCUCCCUGCUCCCAUAUUCCGCCGCCCCCCCUUCCGGAGAACAGAGGCAGAACCCAUUCUUAUGAGGAUCGUGGCUAACGUGACGUUUUAGGCUGCGUUCCGGAAGAUGCCGGCAUAACCUCAAACUCAGCUUUGGUUACGCUCCACUCGAUCUGCACUAGUAUUUUUUUAAAAUGUAAUUUUUAGAUAUUAGCCAUUAUUUGCUAUCCCUGACCCACCAACAUAAAUGUCCCUUUUCUAAAACAUGGGGGGGGGGGAGCAGAGGAGUGCACAUGGAAAAGAAACUGUGUUAUGGUUCACGUGCACUACACUGUGGUAAUGGCACAGUGCCAAAUAUGGAGGAAAGUUGAACUUGUACUGUUUCACAAAACUAUUCAAACGAGGACUGUUUCAACCCUGAACCAUCACUAGAAUUUACUUCAGGUACAAAUCAGCACUGAGAUAGAAUCUUAGGGCAGAGUAACUCAUUUUUAACCUAUGAUUUAAUGGUCUGAGUUUGCUUUCCACAGAUGGGUGAAUGUAACUGGAUAGUCUUGAUAAAACAAAUUCCAGAAGGCACGAGGACACCGUGAGCUAUGGAAAACGGACCGAAAUGCGGAAGAAAAAAAACAUUUGUUUAUUGAAUGUAUGUUUUAACAGUGCAAGGGAUUUUUUUUGUACAAAAUAACAAGUAUUGAUGGAAUGACA